CAGCAGCAGCAGCAGCAGCAAGAACCAGAUGGGACUACAGAGAAGACCCCAGUAUGCAAAACCUCCAAAGUUGGACCGUCUCUUAUCUGUCCAAAUUGUAGCAGCCGUUUCAGCACGGACUCCCAAUUAAAGAAACACCAGUGUGCGCAGAGCUCCAAGCGAGCUAACAGCUGUCUUGAGUGUCGGAAGUUGUUGGGGAACCCCCAGGCUCUCAGGCACCAUAGGCGCCUGCAGCAUGCAGACAGGCCCUACGGUUGCGCUCUGUGUGACAAGACCUACCGUGAUGCUUCUGGUCUGAGCCGGCACCGCCGGGUUCAUAUGGGCUACCGGCCCCAUUCAUGUAAUCAAUGUGGAAAGCGCUUCCGGGACCGGUCAGAGGUCAAACGCCAUGAGAUUACGCAUGACAAAGAGAAGCAAGAGGCUAAAAACCAGAAAUCUGCAUCUAGGAGACGAGGGCUGGUAGGCAGGAACGCCACCUCUAGAACCCGGGCAUCCAGUGGCAAGGUCUCUUGCCCCCAUUGUCCCUUGUCUUUUAACACGGAAGCCUCUCUCUGCAACCAUCUGAAGGUCCACUUUCCAGAGCAGAAAACCUACUGUUGUCCCAUCUGUGACCUCUGCUUUGAGAUGAAGGAGGACCUUUUGAAUCACUGGAACAGUUCUAAAGACAAGGACCUACAACAUAGCCCGCAAAACCUACCUACCGGGCCCCCAAAAUGCUGGGUAGUCCUGGGUUACUGGGUUGGCUUCUUUCCCAACCCCCCAUGGUCAGGAAGGACUAAAAGCAAUCAGGAAAUGAAUCCUCAAGGAUCUGUGGCCCCAGACCCAGACCCAGCUGAGGAGAGGCCAAAUGGAAAGAGAAGGGUGGGGAAGGGAAGGAAAGCAAAAGAUAAGUGAAGUUCUCGAAACAUAAAUAAGAGAUCA